GUCGCGGUCGCAGUGCAGAACAAGCACCAUCGCACCAUGGUUCGCCCAGUUUCUACUCCCAACCGUGAGGACGCCGUGAGAAAAAUAAAAUCUUUCAUUGCGGCACAUAAAUACGGCGUCCCAGCAGCCAAUAUUUCCGAAGAAUUUGAGCACCUGGAGGGAGCGCCUCUGGACCUUCCAAGGGACUGCGAGACACUUUACGACUUGAUCCAGGAGAUUCCGGAGAUCAGGACGAGGAGACGUAACGGGGAGCUUCGUUACGUUCUUGAGAACAGUGCGAAAAUCUCCCAUCUGACGGAGAUGAUUUCCAAACAGAAAUCGUUUGCACGCAAAAAAGACUGGCGCGUAGUAAGCAGGGAAGUGGGGGCUGAGAAUCGUCGGUCGCAAAGGAAGAAGCAGUACGAGAUCCACCGGGAGUUGAAUUCUUCCGAUGACUCCGGCAAGAGAUCGUCUGCACCUUCGUCGAAGGAUUCUCGAGGGCGUCCAGUGAAGCCCAUCACGAAUCCACCCCCCACGAAUCGUCAAGUCGUGCAGACGCCACUAGUGUCCAAUCGCCAGUUGAUCGGGGAUGACUUCUUCCUCCAACUGGCAAUCAGGGAGUUGAAACAACCGAUCUGGAGGGAGUGGAGGAAUGGCCCGCUGCACUCGGGGCUCUGCGUCAGCGGGCAGACCGUGAGGGACUGCAUCAAGGCCCUCCAGGAGGUGGAAGUCAUGUCGAAUAAACUCGUCAUCAUGCUGGGGGCAGAGGACGUCUAUCAGGGGAGGGAGGCGUCCUACAUUCAGGACGAUUACGAGGAGCUCCUCGAGCUCUUGACCAGCAAAUUUGCGUACUCGGUCGGGGCUAUUACUCUGUGCACAGUCCCACCUCUAGGAAAUAUCAGUUGGCUGAAUCAACCGACGCAGUUCACUGCUCUAAGGGCUCUUAACUACUUCAUCGUUAAUCACGCUGUUUCCAAUGGGUACCAGUUGGCCGAUUUCUUCAGCCAUUUCUCGAAUGUUCGGGGAACACCAAAGUACGAGCUGUUUCAAGUGGAACCCAGGAGGGUCUCGGGGACUCCCUACUCGUACCUCCUCUUCGGGGAGCAAGGACGGCGAUUAGCUAUGACACUGUUGAAUCACGUCAUCGAUGGUGGUCUCCAUGAUUGCGACACACAAUAUUAAUUAUUGACACCAUAUUAAUUAUUUAAUUACAGUAAUUCUUGGCUAGAGAUGAACGAUCAAUUGGAAGAAAGACUUGUCAUUAAAUUAUAACACUUUUACCAUAAAAUUUCCCUAAUUAUUCCAGUGAUCAGGAUAAUUCUGGAGACUUCAAUCCAAGCAAAUUGAUUCCAUGCUCGCAAACGUUUGCGAAUCAAUCUUCCUUGGGUUUCGUCUCUGGAAUUUUAUUCUGUUCAUGGGAGGAGUAAUUGAGGAUUUUUUAUUGAAAGUUGAGGCUAGAAUUUAAUGGCAAUGAAAGCGCUUUCUCACAACUGAUCCCUCACCUCACGCUUUUUAGCUCAAGAAUUGCUGUAUUAUUCAAUGGACAGUAGUUGAAUAAAAUUUUAAAAUACAAAAGGAGCGAGACGACGGAUGAAAAAGUUAUAUAUUUAUUGUUUUUUUAAAUUAUUGUAAAUACUGUAUAAAUCUGGAAAACUGAGGAACACUUGAAAUAUAAAUUUAUAAUUCAU